GACACCAGAGACCAUGGUGGAGAGAGUUGGACCAAGCCUGGACCUGAGGACACCAGAGACCAUGGUGGAGAGUGUUGUAUCAAGCCUGGACCUGAGAACACCAGAGACCAUGAUGGAGAGUGUUUUAUCAAGUCUGGACCUGAGAAAUGGAUUCCUCAGAGCUGUAAGACUUGUGAACAUGUUGAGGACUCCACACACUGGCUUCAGAUUGAACCCUUGACUUCCACUGUCCAAGGAGUGACAAUGUUCAGACACAGGACACCCAAAGGGAGUUAUGAGUGCACAGUGUCUGGGCUCCGCUGGCUGUGUGAGAGAGAUGUCAUUCUGAAGUAUCACCUCAGGAACUGGGAACCCUACAGUCAACUUCUGAAAGACAUGCGGUACACACAAGGUGGUCCAUUGCUGGACAUCACUAUGGAGUUAGGUGAACUGGAGGAAGUUCAUCUGCCACACUUUGUCUGUUUAGGGACCAACCCUUCCCUGAGGAAUGAGAUGAAGAUUCUUCAUGUAGAGGAACAUGGAGUGUCUUUAGAGGAAGUGCAUGAGGUCACCAGAUUCCAUGCUAAGAUUCUCCAUCCAAAGUUCUCAGCUAUCUCUGUUAUACUGAGAUUACUGUCUUGGAACGUAGAUGUCCACUGUGAGCUGAUGCUCUAUCUGACAGUGAUAAAGGAAAAACUAAUUCAACGCCUAUACCUGUUUCCCAGUAACCCCGGCCAGAUACAGGCUGUGGAACAACAGGAAAUAAAGUUUCAAGGGUCUAAAAGGAUUCCCAUCACAAGACCAGAGCGGUCCUUCAAACUGAAUAGUUACUUCAGACUGAACAUUCCCUGUUCAACCUCCAUCACUCCACCGAGGAUUCAUCUCAUACAUAGAGACACCACACCAAGCUUUUUCAAGGUGGAUAUGGAAAUUACAGGGAUUGAGAUGGAGUUAAUCGGUGAUGAUGAGAGGAUAGUAUGGAAAGAAACUGUACAAAAAUAUGAAUUCAUCACUGAAACCCAUUCAACUAGUGCUGUGUUGGGGUCAGGAGGUCCGGCUGAGAGCAGUCUGACUGGUUCUUCAGAGCAGCAGCUGCGUUCUGUACGGACAGAGUUUGUGAAACGAGUAUCAGGACCUGUCCUGGAUGGUCUGCUGGACAGACUCCUGCAACACACAGUCAUCAACCAGGAGGAAAUGGAGUCAGUGAAGGUGAUAGCUGAGAGGGCAGAGAAGGCACGUGACAUCAUCGACAUGGUGUUGAGAAAAGGAACUGAGUCGUGUUCCAGGAUGAUCAACCUUCUUGGGAAGCUGGACGCCUAUCUUUGUUCACAGCUUCAGAUCAACAGUGUUGGGGUACCAACAUAAUGGUAGAAUGGGGACAGUAACAGUGUUGGGGUACCAACCCAAUGGAUAGUAACAGUGUUGGGGUACCAACCUAAUGGUAGAAUGGAUAGUAACAGUGUUGGGGUACCAACCUAAUGGUAGAAUGGAUAGUAACAGUGUUGGGGUACCAACCUAAUGGUUGCAUGGAUAGUAACAGUUUUGGGGUACCAACCUAAUGGUAGAAUGGAUAGUAACAAUGCUGGGGUAUCAACCUAAUGGUAUAAUGGAUAGUAACAGUGUUGGGGUACCAACCUAAUGGACAGUAACAGUGUUGGGGUAUCAACCUAAUGGUAGAAUGGACAGUAACAGUGUUGGGGUACCAACCUAAUGGUACCCCAACUAUGCCACUUUACUCAUCUCAUAUGUAUAUACUGUACUCGAUACCAUCUACUGCAUCUUGCCUAUGCCGUUCUGUAACCAU